AUGCCCUCACCGGCUGGAGAAUGCAACCCUCGUGCGUACAAAGAUCGAAGAAUUGGCAUUCAGCAGUGCAUGCCAGUGAGGAACCUGCAGGGCAAGUUCAACAUUUACGAGCAUUUGUGUUUGAAAAGGCUGCCAGGCUCUGGUGGCAGGCCUCCUACAAAAUUGGAUGGGCAGAUGCCAGCUCCAAGAACGGCGCUUGUAUCUUCAGCUGAGGAGGUAAUCAAGAUUUCCUCCCAACUCGAAGCCGUCUUAGCCGAGUACGACCCAGCUGUCAUAAGAUCUUGUUGCAAUAAAAUGAAGAAGUCUCUGAGGUACCACUUCUCGGGUCGGCAAACAGUGGAAGGGCUCCACAACAGACUCAAGGAGAUUAUCAGACAGUUGGAGACAUCGGUUCUUGUGGACCUCAGGGAUUUUGAACUGGCUGAGCUUGCAUUAAUCGAAGGCGAGAAGACACGAGCGUUGGUAGUCGAAGAGCACAGAACCACAAGAGAUACCAUGACUACAGGAUUGAAGCGAGCACAAAAUGACUUGCCCAAUACAGAAACCAAUCUGAACGAUCACGUCGAUAGCGGGUUUGCAGACAUGCGGAAAACUGACUCAAUCGAGCAUGCCCAAGAGAAGCUACUACGCAGUCUGGAGUUUACAGAGCAGUUUACUCGCUACAAUGCGAUCAAGGAAAAGUUCGAAAACACAUUCGAGUGGAUAUAUGAUUCUGAGCAGCAACAAGCCAAGUCAGAAUCUGGAACUAUAUCAAGAAGAUGCAGCCAAAAGCUGAAGGAUUGGCUAGUGUCGGACCAGCCUUUGUUCUGGAUCCAGGGAAAGCCUGGGUCAGGAAAAAGCACAUUGGUGAAAUUCCUGUACGAAGAUGGCCGCACGCGCGAUAUCCUACAGAAGCAAGACCCAAAAGCCAUCGUCGUCUCAGCAUAUCUGUGA